AACACCUGGGCACCUGCACCCCUAGGGGCCAACCUCCUCCAGGGCCGGAACUAGAGCCUGCCCAGGCAGAGAUGGCCCAGCUGGAGGGGACUAGAAACCGGGAGCCCAGACCCAGAAGCUGGAGGGGACCCCACUGGUCACAGGCUCUGUGAACUGCCACCACAGACCCCCCAAAGCCCAUUUCUCCAGCCUUGGCUCAAAGACCUCCGGGAGGGGGAAAAUCAAGGCCGAUUGGCCACCAGAUUCUUAUUUCCUGAACUCUCCUCGACAACUUCCAGUUCUUUCCUUUGGAGCCCAAAGGCACAAGUGGGGUCUGCCUUGUGUGCAGGCCCUUCGUUGACCUGAAAACAGCAAGCCUUUCCCACCCAAGUCGAGCUCAACGUCCCCAGCUCACCCCGGGGUCUUCGUGCGCCCCAAUCUUGAGGGCUUCCCCGAGCCCGCGGUCUUCCUGGGACUGUCCUCGUACCUGUCCGGGGCCGGCCACGCCAAGGAGACACAGUGGGAGGCCACUUUCUUUUUUGAUUUAAUUUACCUUUAUUAUGAACUUUGCAAACCAAAGAACCAAAAAGGGAUUACCUGUGAAAACCAACUGUUAACUCCAGCACCAUAGCAACAGAACUGCCCUGUUGCCUUCCCUUCCGAACUUGCUUCCGCUCGCCUCCGGGCCUUCCUUUUGGUUGGGUUUUUGGCACGGCCACGGCCCCCAGAUGCUCCCCCGGGACCCCCAGAACAGGCCUGGCCAGCCUCCUCGAGUCCCCACGUGCCGCAGGACAAGAGCCGCCAGCUCUCGGCCUCCUGAAGGCCGGGACAGCCGCAUCUUGCCUUUCAUGGCGGCUCCCCUUUGCACCCUCUCGGGUUGAAGGCCCCCCUACCCACCUCCCCUCACUGGGCAGCCCUCUUCCCCAGUCAGGACACUAAAGUCCAACUGUAUUCAAGAACCGUUCCCUACUGAUUUCCUUCCUUUGUUUCCGGUUCUUUGAAUCAUUUUGCAAAAGGAAGACCUUUUUUUCGAGCUUUUUUAUGUGUUAGAGGGACGCGGUUGGUAGAGAGGGGCUGGCAGAGUAGCAAGAGCUGACCUCAGGGUCCAGAAGCCCCGGAUUCAAGUCCCGCUCCCAAACGUGGCUGUGGGACUCGAGACAAGACUCUCAGCCUCCCAAUGCUUCCGGGGCAGGCCUCUGAGGCACCACGUGGCAGUGAAGGGCAGGCCUGCCUGGAGGGAGAAGUCCCCGCACCCAGGGGACCACGGGUCCAGGCCCUUGGCCUGGCUGGAAGUGCUGGGCUCAGAGACUUUGUCUGCCUCUGUUUCCUCAGCUAUAAAUGGAGGCCACUGUGGCCCCCCACCUCCCAGGGUCGUCGGAGGAUCAAAUAAGAUGCUACCGGCUAGCAGUAUGGCGGCCCUCACUGCGUCCCGUACUGACCCUGAGAGCGGACUACUACCAACACAUACAGACCCUGAGAAAUGACUACUACCGGCACAUACAGCCCUGAGUGCUGACUACCAGCCAGAAGUAUGGCGGCCCUGACUGCGUCCCGUACAGACCCCGAGAGCGGGCUACUACCAACACAUACAGACCCUGAGAAAUGACUACUACCGGCAUUGCAGUAGGGUAGUUCUUCCUCCCCGUUUUGUCCCAUAUAAACCCUGAGAGCUGACUACCACCAGCUAGCAGUAUGGUAGUUCUCACUAUAGAAAUGACUGCUACCGGCACCUGAGUGCUGACUAGUACCGGCCAGAAGUAUGGUGGCCCUGACUGUGUCCCAUACAGACCCCAAGAGCAGACUACCACCGGCCUUGCAAUAUGGUGGUUCUUCCUGCUCACUAUGUCACAUACAGACCCUAAGAGCUGACUACCACCGGCUAGCAGUAUGGUAGUUCUCACUAUAGAGAUGACUACUACCGGCACAGGCAGACCCAGAGAGAGCUGACUACCAGCAACCUUGCAGUACGGUAGUUCUUCCUGCUCACUUUAUCACAUGCAGACCCAGAGAGCUGACUACCACCGGCCUUGGUGGUUCUUCCUGCUCACUUCGUCACAUACAGACCCUAAGAGCUGACUACCACCAGCUAGCAGUAUGGUAGUUCUCACUAUAGAGAUGACUACUACCGGCACAGGCAGACCCAGAGAGUGGACUACCACCGGCGUCGCAGUAUGGCGGUUCUUCCUGCUCACUUUGUCACAUGCAGACCCUGAGAGCUGACUGGUUGAAGAAACAUGGGGUUAGCCCUGAGAAAAGGACACUUGGGUGUGUUGGGGGUUGAGGGACCUUCAAAUAUUCCAAGUCGUCGAGGAAAAGAGCAAUCCGACGGGUUCCGGUGGGGCCACUGGGGGAAGAACUAGGGGUGGAGACCAGGAAGCAAUGGGGUGGCACGUGCUAUUAGAGCACCCCAGGAAUGCUGUGGCCGUCCCUGAGGCAGGGCACAUUGAGGGGACUCGUGCUGUAGUGGGGGCUGGUCUCGUUCUCCCAGGAGCAGCCGAGAUGAGCCCAAAGCUGCCCUGGCUUGGAGAAAGGCCGGUGGGCAGCAAAAUGUUCUCUGUAGCAUCGGGAGAGACAUUCCGUCCGUGACGGAUCCAGUGAUUGGCGUUUUAUGAAAGCAUGUAGCAUACACAAGUGUGCCUGUGGCCUUAGCAGCUAAAAAAGCGCUUGGGCUGGAUAUCCCCCCCCCCCCCAAGAGGCCGACAGAAAAUAGUGUUUACAGAAAUUUGGCUUGGCGGGGCCCCAGAGAUAAAAGUGCUGAGAGCACACAGCCACGCUUAUCUCCUGUGGCCUUACACAUAAGUAUCAGUUUAUUGCAACAUUACUAUUUAUAGCAAAACGCAGCCGGUGCCCUUUAAAUAAUGCAAGGACUUUCUACAUCUUUUAUUUCCAAAGAGUUUGCCCUUUUCUCACCAAUGUCGGUAACGUAGUCCCGGUCCCGAUUUCGGGCCGGCCUUUUGCAAGGGCCCUUUUUUCUUUGGAGAACCCACUUCCCCAAGUGCCCCGAGAGUUCAGGCUGACAGCCUUCUGCCCGAGUCCUCGCUGGUGUGGCGAGGGCUCCCUCCCAGCCCAGGAGGCAGCUCCCUCCCAGAGCACCACAGAGUACAAACGUUGCUGACGUGUGGCCCGGGACUGUUUGUUUUGCACAGGGAUUAGUCAGGCCCUUUGGGACCGCCUUCAGUUGUACCUUAGGCUGCCUAUAUUACUCCUUCACAGGCAGGAAGAAUUUUCUUUUUCUGCUCUAGCUCCUCCGGCAAACUUCGCUGAAGGGCGGAUAGCUGAGACAUGAAUAACCAAGAGUACGACAUACUCAUGAAAAUGAUGCCAGAAUUCCAGAAAAGCAGCGUUCACAUCAAGAACCCAGCCAAAGUGGAAGAGAUCCUCUGUGGUCUGAUCAAAGGGGGAGCCUCCAAACUCCAGAUAAUUACAGACUUUGAUAUGACAUUAAGCAGAUUUUCCUACAAUGGAAAAAGAUGUCCAACAUGUCAUAACGUCAUUGACAACUGUAAACUGGUUACGGAUGAGUGUCGAAAGAAGUUGUUACAACUCAAGGAAAAAUACUACGCCAUUGAAAUCGAUCCAGUCCUUACUAUAGAAGAGAAAUACCCUUACAUGGUAGAAUGGUACACAAAAUCGCACACUUUGCUGGUGGAGCAGGCGUUGCCCAAGAGUAAGAUUGGAGAGGUCGUGAAAGAAUCCGACGUGAUGCUCAAGGACGGGUACGGACACUUCUUUGACAAACUCAAGGAGCACAACAUCCCCGUGUUCAUCUUUUCGGCCGGCCUGGGGGACGUCCUGGAGGAGGUGAUCCGCCAGGCCGGGGUCUACCAUAACAACGUCAAAGUGGUCUCGAACUUCAUGGAUUUUGACGAGAACGGGAUCAUUAAAGGCUUUAAGGGAGAAUUAAUUCACGUGUUCAACAAGCACGACGGCGCCCUGAAGAGCACCCAGUACUUUAAGCAGCUGAAAGACAACAGCAACAUCAUCCUCCUGGGAGACUCCCAGGGAGACCUGAGGAUGGCGGAUGGCGUGGCCAAUGUGGACAACAUCCUGAAAAUCGGCUACCUCAAUGACCGCGUGGAUGAGCUCUUGGAAAAGUACAUGGACUCUUACGACGUGGUCCUGGUGAAAGAAGAAUCCCUGGAAUUAGUCAACUCCAUCCUCCAAAAGAUCCUCUGAGGGCCAGGAGGGAGGCCCAGCUCCCCGAGGGUCCCACCCUCUGCGAGGGCCCCGGCCUCCCCGAGGGCUCUGGGUCCCCAAGGACCCUGGGUCCCCAAGGAUCCCAGACUCUCUGAGGGCCCCGGCCUCCCCGAGGGCUCUGGGUUCCUGAGGGUCCCGGCCUCCCUGAGGGUCCCGGCCUCCCGGGGGCCCCACCUCUCUGGGCCCGGCCCGCCACCGGACUUCUGACUGUUCCACGGAAUGCUGUGACUCCUCUCGGGACCUCCCGCCACACUCCCUGCCACGGCCUCGGAUUCACGCUCACCGGCCAGGAAGCGGAAUUGUGGCGACCGCGGCCUCCUUCCCCUCCCCUUCCGACGCGGAUUCUCCCUGAUCAUGAUUUCCCAGGAAGCUUCCCGGGCGCUGACUCCCCUCCCGGGCGCUGACUCCCCUCCCGGGCACUGACUCCCCUGCCGGGCGCCGAUUCCCGGGGCUGGAGGCGCCCGAAGCCGCCUCUCUCGCACGUACUUGGGCCUUCCUGAGGCCGGCACAGCGGCGGGGCCACGGCUCCCCUCCGGGUGCUGGGCGGGCGUUCCGGCGAACGUGAGCGGGCGCCCGGCAGGCCGGGAGAAGCCGGGGGCAGCGGCGGCAGGCUCGGGCACGUGACCCGUGUCUCUGCCCUCGGGGACCCUGCCGUGUUCCCGAGUGGGACCUUGGGCCCGGCCCCUCCCCUGCUUGUGUGGACUGAGUCACUCCAGGUUCUGCCCGAGGGCGGCCCCGGGCCCUGAAGAGCAGCCCUGGGGGGGGGAGGGUUCAUUGUCCGUCCCUUGCAGAAAAGGUGAAAUCUGGCCAGCCCGUUUCCCACCCGUGUCCAGCCGCCAUUGGAGGCGUUGCUCCCCAUGCUGGGUCCACCCGGCCCGGCCUGGCUGCCGGACACUCCUGCCCCCUCCCCGGGGAAAUUCACUCUCCCCGACUUUCCCUCUGGGCGCUCGGGGCUCGUUUUUGGCCUUCCCCGCCCGAACCGCACAACCCGAGGAAUGGCCUCCCAGGCGUUUGGAGCAGAACUGUCCGGGGCCUCCUCCGAGGCCAGAAUGGGGCACAGCCUCCACCCACCAGCCUCGGGGACCCGCGACCCCCGAAGUCCCUGCCCGUGGGAAGCCCCAGGGCACAUGUAGCCCAGUCCCGCUGUGAGAAGGCUGGUUCGGACGUUUCUGGGGCUCUGAAAUUUGACCGGAGCUAUGACCGGAGUCAGGCCGGACCAGCGGCCACAAGGCCAGAGCUCGUUACCAGACGGAGCCGGAGCUGGGUAAGGGGGGGCUCCGUCCCCCGUGGCCAGCCCUGGAAAGUCACAGGAUGCCCCCUCCUCCCAUCACAGUCGGGGGCUCCCUGGCUGGUCUCCAUGGGAUCUUACAGGGCGGGAAACUAAGGCACAGGGAUCCCGGAGUCCCAGCUCUGGGGCACAAGACUCGCCCUGGUGGCCUUCAGAGACCCUCCGUGACCCCACCCCCACCAUCUCCUCCUCCAGCUCAUUUUACAGCUGGGAAAACAGGCCAACGGGACUCACACUCAGCUGGUAAAUGCCGAGGCUGGUCUUGUGCACUGAGGCGCCCCCGGGCCCCCAAUCUCCCCUCCUUGUUCUGAGACGUUUCCAGGGGCCCCAGGUGGUCCCUCUUUGGCCUCCCACUGCGCCAGCCUGCCCCCCUUGGGGGCACACAUUAAGCACCCACUGUGUGCUAGCCCCGGGGCUAUGAGACGGAGUGACUGCUCCUUUAUCCCAGAGCCCCCCCUGCUCCCCCCCCCCAGCCCACAGGGCCGCUGAGGAGGCCCCGGGGAUCACCUGCCCCUGGCCCCAGGAUCAGGGUCAGGCCCCCAGGGAGGACUCCUACAGGUCCUGGGCUGGGGCCCCAGAGCCUUCAUUCCCAGGGCUGGCCACCCCCUCCCGAAUCUCAGCUGCCUCAUCUGUAAAACGGGCUCGAUGGUACUAACUGUGGGCCCUGCCUCACGCACUGAUGGGGAAACUGCUGAAGGGAACAGAAGCUCAGCGGGGCCGCUGGGCACAGGAGUGGGCAAGGCCAAGGAGGGCGUGUCCCAGGACCUGGAUUCGAAUCUCUCCUCCAAGUCACUGAAUCUGCCGCUGUCUGUAUCUGCAGGGGCAGAAAGCAGGCCCGGAACCCAAGUCCCUCUCCCUGUCCCAGAGUUUGCAGGAUUCUUACUGGGUCUCAUUUGACCCUCGAGGCUCCUGGAGCCCCAGGAAGGAGCCGGCGCUGAGCCCCACUGGGACGAGCCAAGGUUUGCCAGGCUGUCGCCAGCUCAUUUUACAGAUGGGGAAACUGAGGCAGAAUGAAGCUAUGUUUGAGGGGAAAUUUGAACUCGGGCCUCCCCGACCCCAGGGCUGGUAGUUGCUCUUUUAUUAUCCCCAUUUUUAAUGAUUCUCAAAUUAAGUAAAGGGACUUUCCCCUCGAGGCAGAAUUUAAACCCAGCCCCCCCUUCCCCCGACUCCAAAUGAGGGCUCUUUACCCCGCACCCCGCCUUGCACACGGGCGUUCCUUGGGCCGCUCAGCACAGACCCCGGUUAUGAGCAGAAGCUUCAUGGAAAAGAAUAAAAAGGGCAUGUGUGUCAGUG